CCGCUUCCCUCGCAGAAAAAAAAAGUUGGCAGGCUUCACAGAUCGGUACGCUCAACCAAGGCUACAACUCUUUAGACUACAUAUUUGUCCCCAAUAUGUCGGCUAUCGGAUCUCUUGUUUUCUGUACAGAUUGUGGCUCCUUGCUAGAUGGCUCAAUUGGAGACACGAGCAAGAUCCUAGUCUGCGAUAUCUGUGGAGCUAAGAAUAAAGACACCGUCCCCCAAACAAUUGUAUCCGAAUCCAAACCCAGUGCUUUUCCGUCGUCCCUGAGGGCAAAGCGAUCCGCCGUUCAGACUUUGACAGCGGAAGAUAGAAAGACGGAAGCUCUUACCCAGCACACCUGCGUCAAGUGCGGUAGAAAGGAAAUGUACUUCACGACCGUGCAAUUGCGCAGUGCAGACGAAGGAAGUACAGUAUUUUUAAGAUGUGUUUGUGGUCACAAGGAAACGCAGAACAACUAAAAAGCGAAAAUCAUGACGUCUAUUUUUUGGCCCGCAUUUGUACAUCUAUGAGGCAUGAAAGCAACUAUUUACCCGACAUUGUAAUAUAUUUGUUCGCAUAAU